AAAUGUCCAAAGCUGAGAAAGUUUCAAAUGACGUUAAAAGCUUUCUACGCUCCGUUUUAAUAUCAAGCAAAGGCGUUAAAGAAAGCAGAGUUGAAAAGGACUACUACGAACUAUCGGGCGAGAAAUUAUUGUGGAAGAACUAUGGAUUUAAAUCGUUAAACGAAUUUUUAAACGCCAUGCCUGACGUCUGCGUUUUACAAUACAGCGCAAAGGACAGAGAGAAUCGGGUGUAUGCCGUGCACUUGAAAGGGACCUAUAUGUCCUCACAUGCAAAAAAGAACGCGAAAGUUGCCAGCACAACGAUUUCUCCGACAAAAGAGGCAAAUGUGCCUGAGAACGGGAGGUUGGUCGAAAAACAUGGCGAGAGUUUCAAGAUCACGUUGUCAAAUUCCCAAGGGGGGGAGGAGAUAGACGACCUGUUGCCAAAUAAGUACGGACUAUAUCAGGUGUAUGUGGUGAAACUGCCCGAGAAGUGUACAGAGGUAAAGUAUGGAUUAUGCAUAAUCUGCGACGUAGCCUGCUCAGCAGCCCCGUCCGAAAAUUUGAAAUGAAAAUUUGGGCUGUGAGCAGGCUAUCUGGGAUGUUGCACCAAGUCGAAAGAUUAUCAGCCCUCGAAAACGAGGUCGGCAUUCGGCAAUACCAACCUAAAUGCCGACCAAUCAACCUCCCAGGUCGGCAAUUUUUUGCCGAUCUUCUUAAUUCAGUCAAAGAAAGAAUCUUUUUUUGUGCUGAUAGCUGUUAAAAAGUCGGUGAUUAUAGAAUUCUAUACACUUCGGUGUAAGGUUUAAAAAUUGACGAGUAUUCUAUAUAUAAUUUAGUUAAGACUCUAAAAGAAAAGCCUUUGUGACAUUACUUUUCAAUGAUUCGUAAUAUGUGAUUCUAGUGCUCCAAGGCAGGGAAACAGAUUUAAAAAAAUGCUGAGACGUGCCGACCUAGGUCAGAUUUAGGUUAGCAUUUUUUUGCUGACCUCAAUUUUGACGGUUUUCGAGGGCUGGAUUAUGCACCUAUCAUUUGUUUCCGCCACCCCCGGAGGGAGGGCAAACCCACAUGCAUUUGACAUUUUGUAAUUUUUUGUCAACCCAAGGGCAAGGGCAGGAGUUGUUAACAAUUUCAGGAUAUUUAUGUGGUCCGGCCAUAUAAUUUGAAACAUUUAGUCAUACAUGAUAAAAAAAAUUUUGUAAUAAAAACAUGUUCUAAAGGGUAAAAAAACAACUAACUUUUGAAUAUCUCUGCCACAUCUGAAAGGUUUGUUUCUUAAAAAUAUCUCUAUUUCAGCACUUGGACAACAGUCCAUCUUGAAAACGACUUAUUUUAAAAACGUCCAGUAUGAGGUUAAAAAACAUCGAGAUAACGUUGCUCACCCCAAGUCUCCCGCAGCACAAGCCGAGAUGUCCAGUACAUAAGUUUGUCAAUUGUCUGUCUCCAGGUUGAGAGUUUGUUGUUGAACCCCCCGGAGUUGCCUGCCCUCGGGGUGGGGGUGGGGUGGGGUGAUGUAAACAAAUGAUAGGUACAUUAUUACAACAUUUAUAUCAAGUGUUGAAGUAAAAUUUUAAUAUUGGACACUCAAAAUUUUGCUUUGCUUUAGAACGAUUUAAAAGAUUGCUUCAGUGCUUAUGGUAAUGCUGUGGAAUAUCAGAUAGUAAGAAGCUCAAUUGGUAGAAAGUGAGUUGCCAGAAUUAUUAUGUAAAUUGUUCCUGUAAUAAUAAUAUUUAAUUAAAAAAUAAAUAAUUUAUAUACAAAAAUUUGAAACAACUCAUUGAGUACUAGUGCUCUCCAAUGGACCAAUCCCCAAUUAACCAAAAUUUUGAACUCAACAAGUCUAGACAAAAAUUUCAUCACAGCUUGAAAGAGCAUCACAAAAUUAGUAAUAUUCCAAAGUUUUGUUGCAAAAUGUUGUAAUUGCAGAUAAUAUAGCCUUGCGAAGUUUGCAAUUUUCAGUCAUUUUAGAUUAAAAACGGGAAAUGGUUACCACUUCUAUCUGUAAUACAAAAUGACUGAAAAUUACAAACUUCGCAAGGCUAUAUUAUCCGCAUUUUACAACAUUUCGCAACGAAACUUUGGAAUAUUACUAAUUUUGUGAUGCUUUUUCAUGCUAUGAUGGAAUUUUGUCUAGACUUGUUGAUAUCAAAAUUUUUGUUAAAUUGGGGAAUGGUCCAUUAAUAAUAGUAAAAUUUUCUGGCAUUUGGACAGACUAAUUAUAAUGAAGCAAGGCACAGUGAAGUGUGAUGCAAUGUAAUGGGUUAACUGGCGAGCAAAUGUGGUGGAGAAGCAUUGAUUUAAGAGAUGGAGGGGGGGGGGCGGUGGGAUUUGGCCUACCUGUACAAAACCUCGCCAUCUCCUCCUUCAAAAAACAACUUAAAGACACUUGUAGGAACUUUCUUGCAACAACAUUUGACAUAGGCAUGCCAUGCACUUGGACAUUAGUGCAUGAUUGUCCAUGGCAUAAAGCGUAAACACCAAUCUGUUUUAAUUGAUGUUUGUAUUGUUUUGUAUAGUUUUGUAUUAUAUUUUGUAUAUUAUAUGGUCAGCACCUUGCAUGGGUCUUUGCAGGUCUCAAAAUAAUGGCCGAUCAAUGAUCGGCAGGAAAUUGCUUUUGAUUGGCAGAGAAGCAAUGUUGCCGAUCAUCUUCAUCACAUUGUCUCAAGAUGGUUGUACACUAUGUCUAUCUUGUGUUUGUAUUUGUCAAUGUCUAGUUAUCUAAUUAAAUAGUACAAUGUGUUAAAUGGUGUUACUGUAGAAUUCUCAAUAUGAAAAAAAUUAUGAACAUACAGACUGUUACUCAAGCUUUAUAAUUUUUAUAAUUUUCACCCUGAAGGAUUGGCUUUGUAAGAUAUGCCUUGAAAAGCGAAGCAUCUCGGGCAUUAACCGAAGGCAAGAAGAACCCUCCGAAAAUUCAUGGAGUCGAAUUGGAGGUCGGAAAACCGAAGAAAAAAUCAAACAGCCUUGAUGCAUCAAGUAAUGCAACUUCAAAUUCAGAGCCAAGCGAAGGAAGCCUAUCGUCUACUCCAUCAUCACCAAUAAAACACCCAUUUGUCCAUGAAAUAUCCACAAAACACACAUCAGCAACACAUGAACCUCCACCAAAAUUUCUGUCUAAUUCUCAAUUAUCUGGGCCGGUACCAUUAUUAUCAACACAUCCCACAGUAAAAGCACCGCCCAUUUCCCAAGGACUGUUACCCCUUAAUAAUCCCCCACCAUGCCUGCCAGAGAACCCACAACACAAUGCAAAUGUCCCACUUUCCGUACAAGUACCAACGUCACCAAAAUGCACCACAGUUGUGACGGCAACUACUGGCAACAACGGACCAUGGAAACUUAGUCCCAAUUCCCCGACAAAGACCUUACUGUCUAUACACCCAGCCUCACAAACAAGACCAUUGGAUAAUAAACAACUGACCGAAGCUGUUACAACGUCGGCCAAAACUGCUGAAAAAAAGUUUGUGAAAUUACUGACUUAUGGUGCUGUAGUUUCUGGUUAUGACAGUAAAGUCUCUGAGGUAUGUUUCUAAUUUUUCUUGUAUAGUAACAUUUUUUCCCAGGCGGGCAAAAUGCAUAUUUUACCCCUGCUGGCAAAGCAAGCAAUAUGGGAUUGCAUUGAAGCUUUCUGGGCGGGGUUGGUUUAAUGUCUCUGAAUAAAUAAAUUGCUAUGAUGGUAAACGUCGUUCAGAUCUGAAGAUUUAAAAAAUGAAAUUUGCCAUCAGAAAAUAUUAAAUUUGGUCUGGGAACAAUGAUGCAAAUAAUAGAGCCUUUAAGUUGAAAAUGAUAGCUGGGCAAGACUGUUUUACUGUACAAAAGUUAAAGGGGCCCUACAGUCAUUCAUUUUCUAGUCGAAAAGCCAUUGUUUACAUUUUUUGUUAUUGUUGCUACUUGACAUGCGCAUCACGGCACGCAUGCGUUUUCCGGUGUGCGGAAGUACUCAUACUUAUGGAUACUGCAUGUAAGAUACAGCCAAACGAAUCUCUGUGGCUUUUCGACUAAAAAAUGACUGUAGGGCCCCUUUAAAGUGUGAUGCACCACAAAUAUGAUUUUUGGUAUGUGUAAUAUUUGGGUCAUUCGAAAAAGAAAUGUAAUAUAUCUUUAUAAUAAAAAUCCCUGUCUUGAUGAAUGUUUUCACUGUCAAAGUUUCCGGAUACAUCAUUAGGUGAAUUGCAAAUUAAUUUUUUUCCUUUGUUUUUGUACCAAAAAUUCACCUAAUGACAUCAUCUGCAGAAACUCUGACAGUGAAAAAGUUGAUCACGAUGAGGUUUCAUAAAGCAUUCUUGAAUGGUCUGUCGUAGCAAAGGUAGCAAUCAAAACAAGCUCUACUUUCUGUGCAUGAUGAAGGGCUUUUUUGUGUAUGGGAAAUAUACAGUAUGAUAAAACAUUUCGAUCCCUGGGUAUUGCUGAAUUCUCUUCUUAUUUUGUUUUCUGCUCUAGGCACGUUUGAGGCAGGAAUUCCAAAGUGUCCGUAAUAUAGAACGCUUGGAGUACCAACCACAGUAAGUUACAUUUAACCAUUUUGUCACCGAUACAUUAAAGACCAUGUAAGAUCUGUUCUGCACAUGUUGCAUAUCUGGUUUUUUUUUUAGUUUUAUGCACCUUUACCCAUUCUUUUAUUUUAGUACUACAAUAUUUAUAUACCCAACUGCUAUUGAUGGUGAUGUCAUUGUGAAUCUAUGUAUUGUAUUUAUUUAUUCUAACCCAACCUGUUAGCCCAUGACUUUUUAGAGAGCAGUUAUCUUGACAUAAAUGCAUUGAGCCCAUACAGAUUUUAUUGUGAGAGGCAACCAGUUGCCCUGACAACCCAUUCAAGUCCCACAAUGCCCACUGAAGUUUAAAAGGAUCUAGUUAUAAAUAUUAGCCUUUGUAAUUUUUUCAGUUACAGUAUCGCUUGGUUUAAGAAUGAAAGUGCGGCCAUACAAGCGGUGAGUGAGAUGACAGGGAAGUUUAUCAAUGGCUGUAUCUUGUUGGUAAAACCAUUUACAGGAAGUAGUCCAGUUUUGGACGAAGCCAAACCUGCUAAUGUGGCCAGAGAAGAAAAGCUGCCAGGUGUGUGUUACCUCGGGAUUUAUUUUUAUUUUAAAUAGGAGUGCUACUUGUUUACCCAUUAAUUAAAGUUGAGGACCCUCCAUUGUAUACAGUACCCACAUUUUGUGUUGUUUCAACAUCUUAAUUGAAACUCUACUCUACAUUUAAGAGCAUACUUGUAGCAAACCCGAAUGAUGUUAGAUGUUACCUGAGUGUAUUAUAUUUCUGCUGAACGGACUUGACCUGAUCUUUAAGCAGCAAUGUGCCCAAGUAUGCUCGAUUUUAUUAUAAUUUUACUAUGCCAUAUGAUUUUAUUGUUAUUAUUUUACUAUGCCAUAUAUGAUUUUAUUGCCUAGGGACGAGUGCUGGCACUCAAUGGGUUAAUUAACCUUUCUCGCAAAGGCCAAAUUCCCCAUUUUUAAUUUGGGUUCUUUUUUGAAAAUGACAUGAAAAACCCAUUUUUUCCAAUAUUUAACUGUAAAUUAACUUAUAAUGAUAAUACUCACAAUUAUAGUUCUACAAAUCCCUUAUUCACUGCGUACAAUCUCAGAUUUGGAAAAGACAGCACCCCAAAAAUGCUGGUGUGAGAACUGGCUAAUUGAUUUGAAUCUGAUAUUAAUAAUUUCAGUUUUUUAAGUGGUCUUUUCUUAUUAUCUAGACCUAGAAAACGAAUUUUCCAAGAUCUACGAUUUUUAUAGUGAGGCUAUAUCACGUUGUUGUGGACAACAGUACCUGAGCUGGUUGAGUAAUCUCCCGUCUAUUUUUGAACUGAAGAUUAUGGAUGUUAUCGACCCUUGUACAUACUGGGUACAUCUCUCUGACGGG